AUGGUCCACGCUCUCGAGAUCGCCAACGAGGUCGAGAUGCCUUCGUCUGACGUCGACGGCUUGAACGCGGAUCUAUACGCAUCGGACCUUCCUCUAUCGCUCGCCAGUGGACUGGCCUCACUCCAAGCGACAACUCAUCCCACAAGUGUCAAUGGUCCCACAGAAAUUGAGCUCGCGUCUAGUCCUUGCUUUGCCAAACCAGUAUCCUGGCACGCGAUUGACGCGGCCAUCACGGAACGCAAGGCCAAUAUGCAGCAGGACAUAGCCGCACAGGAGCUUCGCGCUGCGAAGCGUUGUCUGGACCUGCGAGAGAGUAUCACUCGCACCGCCCAGGCGAAGAUUUUCGACCCUGAUCCGCUCGUUGUGCCCAGAUCCUGGCCGAUAUCGGGAACUCCCAUUAGGAUGUUGGUGGAGCAUCCUACCUUGUUUCAGGAGUACCUGGAAGGCGAACGGUUUUCCCGUGUGGCGAUCAAAAUACGAAGGGAAUAUCUUGAAACCGAAGACUGUGUUUCACCAGAGAUCAGACGUCUUGCUGCCAUGGAGGCAGACUUCAGGAACACGCAGUCGUCAAGGGCACUGGUCGAUCUCCUGCUUGAGGCCAUCCAGCAUGUGACGCAAAAGCUCGUCUUAGAGAUUACGGAGGGUGAAAAGACUACGAAGAGGCCUGUAUCGAAGCUAUGUCGUCGCCUGUUGGCUCAUUCGACCCACACGAACGGUGAGCUCAUUCAGGCCGUAGAAGCAAUCAAUGAUAUGGAACGAGAACAUAUGCCAUGGCGAUACAACGCUCUGGACGGUUCCAAGAAUACUUCGCCAAUCUCGGACAUACCUUCUGCAAUCCCUCCACUAGACUCACCGCCGGCUGAUGAUAUCUGUCUUUCACCGGAGCCAAUCUCUUCGCCAACACCGAACGAAACAUCUCCGUCCAAGGACCCGCGUCGGCUCCGUGUAAAGUUCCAAGAGAAUCUGCCAUCACGCAGUUCAGGUAAAUGGAGAAUACCACGCAAGAGCCAAUCAAAUCCCUCGCGCAAGCCACUGAGUAGUCAGUCCUUGCCCCGUGGGCAGCGAGCUGUGCAGAUGAGAGGUAGGAGCCACUACCGAGAUACCGAUAUUAGCCAUUUGACACAUCCCAUUGUGAUGAUGGAGUUCAGCAAAGGCUAUUGGUAUAACGGCCAUUGGUAUGAGCACUCGCAGCCGCGUCAGUCGUCUUCAUCCGAAGCAAGGCCAACCGACCUCAAUCCCGCUCCUGGUCUCAUAAUUCAUCCUGCGGCUUCAAGGCCAGCGUCAACAAGGCCGGAAGCAACCCUCUCGCCAGAGUCUUCGCUCGCGAAUACUGGCAAGAAGCGUCAGGCAAGCGAGGAACUGCCUGUUACAAGCGAUUGCGAAACAAAGCCGGCCAAACGACCCAACAGGAGUGAACGCGACGGAAACGCCCACUCCGAGCAAGUAGAAAGUCGCGAUGCCAAUCUCGAAGAAGGCGUGUCUAUGUUUCACACAUCUCCUUCAGCACGCCAUCCCGCUAAUCAUUCAAAUAGACAACAUAGUGCGAUCGGCGUGUCCUAUACCUAGCUCCCGGAUGCAAGAAGCGCUUAUAGACGCAUGCAGAAAGA